GCCCCAACAAGGGUAUAUAUAUGUAUCCGUGCCAUGAAAACCGGACCGCCCGCCCGCCCACAUUCGGCGCUGACAAUAGACAUCCUCUGCUGCUGAUUUUGUUGUGUUGCUGCGAGGAUCUUGUACCCAUCGCAACCACUCCUCGACGACCCGAACCACGACCCGCCGUGUCACCGCCUUUUUCUAUCUUUUAUUUUUAGAGACGGUGCAGUAGAUAGAAGAGGGGAGUGUGAGGAAGAGGCAGAGACAGCAAGUAAUCCAUAUUUGCUUUCUUGUUUUGUUUUCUCCUUGUUACGAAGACAAAUUCCAUCAUCCUUUAGGAGACCAAGCAAAAGCAUCAUCAUCCCUCUCCAAAAUCCGUCCCCUCCCUCCCUCUAAAAAACACGUAAUCACCAACCUUUACCACCUUUGAUCCAUUGCCUUUACCUUUCCUCGCCUCUUCUUUUUCCCUUUAUUCCAUGCCUAGUUGCUACUACUCCUCCCACUGCUUUGCGAGCAGCGAGCAUUCUGUUGCUUACACUCCGCUCACACACGGCACUGCCACCAUUGCACCACCAAGAAAGUCAGUCAGUAGGCAGGCAGGUAGCAACACGCCAAGAGCAUGAAGGAGUUUUCCUACCAGGAGAUCGAGGCGGCGACCGGCGGCUUCGCGGCCAAGAACGUCGUCGGCAAGGGCAGCCACGGCUGCGUCUACAGGGCCAGGCUCAGGGGCGGCGCCGGCCACGGCAGGAGGCUCGUCACCGUCGCCGUCAAGAAGGCCUCGCACCCGCAGGGGGAGGCCAAGCUCGCCAACGAGAUCGCCGUGCUCACGGCCGCGCGCCACCACCCGGGCGUCGUGACCCUCGUCGGCGCGGUUGCGGCGGCGGGGCGGUCGCCGCUUCUCGUCAUGGAGUUCAUGCCCAACGGCUCGCUGCACGACCUGCUGCACCGGUCCCCGAGGCCGCCGCCGUGGCCGCGCCGCGUGGAGAUCGCGCUCGACGUGGCGCGGGCCAUGUGCGCGCUGCACGGCGCCGCGCCCCGCGUCAUACACCGGGACGUCAAGACGGCCAACGUCCUGCUCGGCCGCGACGGCCGCGCCCGCCUCGCCGACUUCAGCCUCGCGGUCAGGGUCGCCGCCGCGGGCGCGCCGAGGCCGGCUCCGGCUGGCACUAUGGGGUACCUGGACCCGAGCUACACGGAGCCGGGCCGGCUGGGGCCCGAGAGCGACGUGUUCAGCUUCGGCGUGGUGCUCCUGGAGCUCAUCAGCGGGCGCAAGGUGAUGGACGUGAACGCCUCCCCGUCGUCCAUCGUCGCGUGGGCGCUGCCGCUGAUCGGCGCCGGGCUGGCGCGCCAGGUGUUCGACGGGAGGGUGGCCGCGCCCCGUCCCGGCACCGACGCCGAGGCCGCGAUCGCCAGGGUCCUGUCCGUGGCCGCGCGGUGCGUGUCGGAGAGCGUGGAGCGCCGGCCAGCGAUGGCGGAGGUGGCGUCGGAGCUGCGCGGCGCCCUGGAGAGCGGCGGGUGGCACCGGCGCGGGAGGGACGUGGUGGAAAGGGUGUGCAGGCGCGUGGUGUCGUGGGGGGUACAACUGCGCGUGAAGACGACGCGGAGGAGCAAGGUCGAGUGCACCGAGCUGUCGGGGUCGUCGGAGGGGGGCGGCGCGCCGAGCCGCGCGGACUCGUGCCCCCGGUCCAACAGCAUACGACUCGGAUAGGCUGACCCAGCAAACCCCAAUGCUUAGGUGCCCGUUCGAUGGGAACGGUGCGAAUUUUUUUUCUACAAUACAAAAUCGUGCCAGAAUUGGAUUGUUUCUCCUGAUCAACUUACUGGGAUUGCUAUUGUUAUUCCGGGAGUAGUUCAUCUACUGGAUUAAUUAAUGUAUGACUGUUUGGCUGGGCAUGUGCAUA